AGGUCAGGCUUUACUCCAUCAGCAAUAACUUCAAGCCAAAGCUUCGUCCUGUGCAGGAUCUAAUCAUUACACCUCUAUAUAAUUAAUAGCAGAUCCUGGUUAACUGAAUGGAUGCAGCAAAGUCUCAAAGCAACCAAAAGCCCUCAGCAACUACAACUUCCAGUGGAGAAUACAACAGUGCAAUGGACCAUAUGAGCAGCUCAGUGGCUCUAAGAAGCAUUAACACUCCAGCUUCUCUCUACCUGGCUAAUGAGAUGUCUCCAGAUUCAGUUAUGUCAGAGCUCAAUAUGUACAGGCCGACCACCACAUCCCUACCGCUCUGGAACGGUACCUCAACUGUGGCUCAGGGGAUGAACUAUUCCAUCAUUGCUACUCCUGGAGCUACCAAUGGCAGUAAUGGCAGCAAUGGCACUCAUGCAGAACAAGACUCUGUAACAUCCAACGGGACUAAACCUGGUAGCUCAAGCAGCUCCUAUGACAUCUUCCAGGGAGGCAGUGGGGACGAUACUGCAGCGUUCCAGCUCUCUCCCAAGGCCUCCUAUGAUUGUAGUAACAUCAGUAACCACGAGAGUCACAGCAGUGAUGACCUAGACGCUGAUGAAGAGCAUGGCUCACUUCCAAAGAGAAAAAAAAGAACUCCUGUACCAGAUGAGAGAAAAGAUGCAAAGUAUUGGGCAAGGAGAAGAAAGAAUAAUGAUGCAGCUAAGAGAUCUAGGGACAUGAGGAGAAAGAAACUCGAUGUGGAGAUAAAAUCUGCACGAGACGCUAUCACAGAGAACCAAAAACUUAAGCAAGAGAUUGAUGUGCUAAAGGCUGAGAUUAACAGCCUGAGGAGAUUAUUGAAAGAUGCUAACACAACUCUCUCACUGUGGAUAAGAGCUAGACAAGCAGCAGAACCCAACGUGCAAGUACCACCAAUGCUUAGAGGCUCAAAUAGUUUAUUCGUUAACUUUCCAGUAAGUACAUCCACUUAGUUAGCUUGAUUACUGCCAUUUCUUAUUCUUUUUCUACACAACUUGUAUCCAAAUUCAAUCUUUUUUUUUGUGAAAGAUAAUUAGUCGUACGUAUAAUGAUGAAACUGCAACAUGAAAUAUCUCACUCCGUCAA